AUGAGGAUGCUUACCAUCAAUAAGUCAGCUCAGUACGGCUACAGGUCGGUCCAUGACUUACCAACACCACCGAGCACGUCACGGCCUUCUCCCCCCUUGAUAUCCCAAGACUUUGGUCACAAAACCUUUCCGGCCAUUACCCAUAGCGGCAACCAAUCCAGUCAUUCCAUGUCUGCGCCUCACCGUGGCUUGCCCAUGCCGGCGGCCAUGAACCCAGUUCCGCCGCCUCCUGGCCCGGGACUCGUCCAACAACCUCCGCCACCCGUCCCCAGCUUGUUAGGACACUCUCACCCGCCACCUGCCCCUUCGCAAAGUCAGUCCCUGGGACAGAUACCAGCACCGCCGUCGUGGCAACAUGGAAACGAGGAGUCAAUGCGAGUAUGGCUCAUGGCCAAGGCUGAGGAAGAGAAGCGGAAGCAGGAAGAGGAGAAAACACGGCAGGAAAGCUUCCGUCUGGAACAGCGCAAAACGGAGUUCAACAUCUUGAGAGAGUCACUUCAAGGUGGAGUCCCACCGGCAAUGGUACCAGUGGUCUUCGCGGGCAUGAGCGGGGGAGCCCUUCCGCAGGCUGCUCUGGACUGGGCACAGCAGUACAUCUACUCACAGUCUCACCAACCCCAUCCACAGGCUUUGCUACCUCCGGGGCCUAUCUCACCCCAACAUCAAAGGCGAGAAUCUCAACCCCACAGCUACGCGCACUAUCCAGGCUCGGGAGGGGUUCCCUCAACUCCAGGCUCUGCCCAGGGACAUGGAGGCGGGUACAUGUCUGGCUAUCCGGGCUCUCCACAGACUCGUCCGAGAGGGCAAAGUGUUCCUGGGCCCAUGGCAGGCCGGCUCCAUGGAGGAAUGGCCAAUCUUCCAAACCUCAACACCAACAUUUCUGGGGGGCAUGGAGGUUCAGCAGCCGCUCACCCGGCGAUUGCCCAAUCCCAGCAGCAGCAGGAGCCUCAGCAAUCACCUUCUAUACUUUUCCAUCAUUGGACACCACCGACGAGCCAGGCAGGAGGACGGAGCGGGGCUGACCAGCCUGCAACACCUUCAGGAGAGUCGCCGAGGAAGAGGAAAGCCACGGGCCCACAGACGGCCGCACCGCCACCGAGUAGCGCACAACGGUUUCGGUCCCCGACUUUUUCACAUAGUGGUGCUCCGUUGUCGAACCCACCGGCUGGGCGUAAGAGAGGCCAUUCUCGCCAGCGGAGUGACCUAGGGUCAUACCGUGGGGCGGUUCGAGGACGUGGAGAUAGUUAUGUGCCAUCACCACAGGAUGCACCCAAGGACAGCGGCGACCAGCAUCAGCACCAACAACAUUCACAGCACCAUCAGCACCAACACGGACAGGGACAUACGCAGUCCUCGCAGGUCCAACAGACAGCUCCGACAGUGACACGUAGCGCGCACUCGGUUUCGUCACUGUUGUCGGAUCAUCCACAAUCACCUCGGCCAGGGCAGUUCUCAGAAGGAAGCCGAUCCUCCGAGGAGAAGGUGCGCGGUGGUGCAGUCGGUGGAUCGUCGGCCACGCGAGACAGAGACAAUGACUGA